UGCUUUCAGGCUCUCCAGAAGUUAGCAAGUCAGUACCUGAAGAGAGACUGGCCUGGAAUCAGCCCCGACGACCAGAGAACAGAUUAUAGGAAUGUGUACGCUGUUUGGAGAGCCUACUUAGAGGGAACUGUUCAGGUGAGCCAGUCGAGACUGAAUGUAUGUGACAACUACAAGAGUCAAAUAUCAGAACCUGCCAAGACCGUUAGACUCUAUAAGGAGCAGCAGCUCAAGAAGACCAUUGAUCAGCUGAGUGGCAUUCAAGCAGAGCUGCAGGAGUCGGUGAAGGAGUUGGCGAAAGCCAAGAAGAAAUACUAUGACUGCGAGCAGGUUGCGCACGCCGUACGAGAGAAGGCCGACAUAGAGGCCAAGUCCAAACUUGGACUUUUUCAAUCAAGAAUUAGUUUACAGAAGGCAAGUGUGAAGUUGAAAGCAAAGAGGAGUGAUUGUAACUCCAAAGCGACACAGGCCAGGAAUGACUACCUGCUAACGCUAGCUGCUGCAAACGCCCAUCAUGACCGCUACUAUCACACAGACCUGCUGCACUGCAUACAGGCCUUGGAUGGGAGAAUCUAUGAGCAUGUGAAGGACUACCUGGUGGCUUUGUGCCGCACUGAGCUGGAGGCCUCGCAGGCCACUCACAGCACCUUCCAGUUCCUCUUAGAAAAAUCUUCCAGGAUAAUACAGGAGUUCAACCAGCAGUUGUUCAUGCAAGAGAACCCCGUGUUUCACAAGGCGCACGACUUCCAGUUCCAGGCCAGCGAAUAUGACAUGACUCUGAGCUCGGUGCAGCAGCUGGUGGACAUUGAGCCGUCGCCCGUCAGUGCCAUGAGAAUGACCCUGGCACAGAAAGCUUAUAGAAAUUGGCCCAAUAAUUUCAGCACGCUGAGCCGUCAGCUGGAGUCGGAGUCCGGAACGACCGAGGAGCACAGUCUGAACAAAGAGGCCAGAAAAUGGGCAACCAGAGUGGCCAGAGAGCACAAGAAUAUUAUUCACUGCAAGCGAUCUCUGGAAGAGUGUGAAAGUCAUGGCCUGCCUCCCACUGAGCAGGGCAGACUAGAUCUGGAGCUGAAGAUCGAAGACACCAAAGAGAUAAUGCGGAAAGCUGAGACAAUAAAGUUGAAAGCUGAGGCUCGAUUGGACCUUUUGCGGCAAGUUGGAGUGGCUGUAGAUACUUGGCUGAAGAGUGCAAUGAACCAGGUGAUGGAGGAGCUGGAAAAUGAACGCUGGGCCACCUACACUACCCACGAUCCCUCACUGUCGGGCACAGUGGACUUGGAGCGUGAAGAGGGAGAGGAGUGUGAGGAGAACAUGGAGGUCUUCGACGACAGCAGUUCCAGUCCCUCGGGAACCCUGCGCAAUUACCCGCUAACCUGCAAAGUGCUCUACUCCUACAAGGCGUCUCAGCCGGAUGAGCUAACCAUCGACGAACAGGAGAUGUUGGAGGUCAUUGAGGAUGGAGACAUGGAGGACUGGGUCAAGGCACGCAACAAAACGGGUCAAGUGGGCUACGUCCCGGAAAAAUACCUCCAGUUCCCGACUUCCAACAGCCUGCUGAGCAUGCUCCAGUCCCUGGCCACGCUGGACGCUCGAUCACACACCUCCUCUAAUUCAACCGAACCGGAGCUGCACUCUGGCUGCAUCAACGGAGACACAAACAGGCUGACAAGGACAGCAUUAAUCAGAGAGGCAGGCAAGAGAACCAUGGUACUUCUGGAGGAGCUGCAGAUUCACCUAUCAGCCGCGUACGUCCGUGCGCUUUACGAUUACGAAGGCCAGGCGGACGAGGAGCUCUCCUUCUCCGAGGGCGCCGUGAUCCGCCUGCUGAACCGCGACACUCAGACGGACGACGGCUUCUGGGAGGGCGAGCUGAACGGCCGGGUGGGGGUGUUCCCCUCCGUGCUGGUGGAGGAUCUGACCGAGAAUGGGGAGACGAGCGGCGGAGCACUGAAUGACACACAGAUUUCUCCGUCUUCAAAGUUGCCGUCUUCCCUGCCGCCUUUGCCUCUGUAUGACCAGCCUCCCAUCAGCCCUUUCACCAGCCCGGAGACCUCCACUCCCCCUCCUCUGCCGCGAUCCCCCUCCACUGCGCUCAACGGGGAGCACAAGCUUCCUCUGCCGGCCUCCUCACACAAGGGACAGCUGUCCUCUCACAAUCAAAGCUCUGGCAGGAGUCCAGUGUCUCCAGGAUUUCCUCAGACUCAGCCUCUACGAUUCACAGCUGAAGGAGGCGGACCGGGCAAACUACGGCCGGUGCGAGCCGCUCCGCCUCCACCCAAACAGCAACCAGCUAGGCGACCGCAUGAGAAAAGCGACAAGACGGAGGAAGUGGAGAUCACGCUGGUGUGACGGACGAGCUUGGCAGACUGAUGACGUUGCACAAAAGACGGAAGCAGACCUUGAUGCAGUGAGCGUGAACUCGCUCUGGACUGAUGCGAGCGCAAAUGAAGGGAUGAGAAGUUAAUUCGAUCGAACCACACCGACACUGCCGGACGCUCUGCAUCUUCUCUCAUCCCCAAGCCGAGGAAGAGAAGGAGCAGGGAGGCAGGGUAAUGCUUGGCGUGUCCAGUUAAAUCAGCUCCUUUUUAGCCCUCUAAUAAAGUGCAGCAUUGUGUUCCUUUGCCCCCCCCGUCCUUCCAGUCUGGCCUUAAAACGUCGCCUCACACAGCUAGUUAGAGCGGGCUGAAGAGAGGAAGGAGAGAUGGGGAACACUUAUUGAUGGGGUCUUUUGAAGCUCGCGAGUUAUGUAAGGCAGUUCUUCUCCUCUGCACUUUCUAAACCCCUUCACGACAUCUCAGAGCCCAAAAAUGUUAAAAGUCAAGCAAAACAUACAGCUUGAGAUAUUUGUCACACUAUUAAAAUUUGUUUUCAGGUAUAUUUAAAGCCCACCAAAAAACUACAACAAGUGGUAAAAUUAGGAGCAAAGGUUCAAAUAGGUUAAAAGCCACCAUGAAGCACAUGGGAUUGGAGCAGCUGUUUCAAAUGUUGUUGCUUUACUGGCAGCAUUUCAUUUAAAUCUGUCAUAUUUUUAAUUGAAACCGACUGACAUCUUUGAUUGAAGUCUGUGGAAAAACAGGAAAACUACAAACUGAGAUCAACUCAGUCAUGUGGACGAGCUUCAGGUCCCCAACAGUCUGAGAACAGACAGUUACAGCAAAAGGUUAACAGACAUUUACCGUGAACAUGACAUCAUGCUAGUUUUUGGCAUUUAUUAACAAUGAGUUUAAGCGACUCCCUCUCAGUGUAACAAUUUUUUUUUUUUUUCCCCAAACAGGAAGUUGGUGCACAAGUUUGGGUUUAUUGGAAUAAGUAAUUGUCUUCUCAUAAAAUGGUUAAACAAUAAAAAAAAAGGCUAUGUGCCUCAAAAAACACAAUUAUUCUGUCUUAUGUGCAAUAGUGCACAUAUACAUUUAUCCCUUGAAAUAUUUGGCUAAAUAUCCCGUUGGAGAGUUUAACUGUGUUCUUUUAAUGACCAUCAACAAACUUCUGAUAUAAUUGUGGUUUGAUAUUGGAACGACUCCUCUUGGCAGAAAACGUAGAGGGUCUUUAAACUGGUUGGCUUCCAGGUUCGGAUCCAGCUUUGAAGCAUGGCCCCGUACGGUUUCAGAUGGGUUGAGGUCAGGACGUUCCGAAGGGGAAUCAAUGCUAGCCAACAGUUUGUCCCGUUGGCGAACCGGUUUGUGAUACUUCUGACCCUGUGAGGGUCACACCAACUUGUGUGCAGCCAAGUCUUGCUUUUGAAAUUAGUAGUUGUAUGUUAAGUCCACCCAUUUGAAUUCAUCCUUAAAGGCUGAAAAUGGACACAAUACAUGUUUUCCCACCUUUUCUCAGGGACUACGUCUGAUGUUUUGCAAGUUUUGAGGCUCUGUUAAAAAAAGAAAAAAAGAAAAAAAAAGAGGAGACAUGGGGGGGGGACAAAGAAAGAAGUCAACUUUUUGUCGGGGUGUUUCAGAGUGCAGAGCAGGGCUGAGGGACGUGGACAGAAAACCUAGACUGGGUUUACUUCCAGCCUCUCUCUCUCUCGCGCUAUAUAUAGUCAUUAUCAUUAUACGUAUUUAAUGUGUAUUAGUACAGUACAUUACUGUUGUCAUAGGAAUGUUUAUGCACAUGGUUUCAUAUAGACUAACUGAGCUGAAGGGAAUACCCUGUCUGAUAUGUAGUGGAAGUUUUACCUUCAUCAUGUCCUGAAAAGGGUGUUGUAAAUAACAGCAGGAAGGAGAGACAGAAGGAGAGAGAGGAGGAGGAGAAGCAAGAGCCGAGGGAGGCUGGAUCCUCUCUUUUCUUGUGCUCGCCUCUCCUCCCGUCUCCACUUCACGUCUCUCCUCUCAACGUUCUGUCAAUGGGCAGUCGGUGUGAAUCAGUGACUAUAAUAUACAUACAUACAUACAGUUACAAUAUAUUACACACACGAGUUGUUAUAUCUGCUCUCAUUCUGUGCGCUGUGUGGUUUUCCUUUCAAAUGACUGAUCGAGGAAAGCUGCUGGUGCUUUGAAACGCACCGAAUCUGUUGGUAUUCACUAUGUGCUAGCAAAACAAAACAACAAAAACAUUUGUUUGAAACUUUAAAAACUGUUUAGGGCCAGAAACAAAGACUGAAGUUUUCCCUCAUUAGAGAUCAUAACUCAAUUUGCAUUGAUUUUCUUCAUCUGUUCAGCUUCAACAUUCAUCCAUGUUUACUUGACAUGAUUUUGGUCACAAGGAGGACUAAAAAUAACGCAAAAUGGAGCCUAGUACAAAUUUGUGGUGUACUCAAAGUAAAUAAAUACCCCUCGUCAUGUACUAUUCAAGCCUUUAAAAGUCCUUCCCUAAAGGGCGUAGUAGCACUUUUAUUUGUACCUUCCCUGGAAAGUAGCAGUACCCUCUUCUAGCAUCAGCAUGGUUAGAGACGACUCUUAUAGGCAAUUGUAGCGACAUGCAGACAUGGGUAUGAGUUUCAUCUUUUCAUACUGACACCCCAGAUGCUCUUUAAUUAAGGGUGACUGAUGCUUAAAACAAUGAUGCACUCUUCAAAAGAGGUGACUUUUUGUAAUGUCAUUUGGUGUUUUUCUUGAAUUAUGAAAGAAAUUUUAAUGAUUGGUAUUUUUCUUUUUUUCUUUUUUGGACUCUUGUGAUAAUGGGAGCUGGUCAUUUUUCCCUUUAUGCCUUAAAUAUGUUUGCAGUGUUCAUUGUUUUGCAUGAUUUUGUACCCAAGCAGUGAUUUAAUAUAAUUUUUUAUAAGUCUGAACCACAAUUAGCAGAAAUAGGAUAUAGUGUGACAUAUAUACACAUAAAAAAUAUACAAAACCCUUACAUCAUACAUGGAAUUGGUAAAUAAUUUUUUUAUAACUCAUUAAGUCAUCAAAUUACAUUUACUGUCAAGAUUAAACUGAUAUGCAGUGGUGCAAAAUGGGGAUCCUAUGAGGCAAACUGACCCGAAGCAGGAAACAUCUGACUGUUCAAAAGACUUAACAGCUUUAAAAGUUCCUCUUUGAAACACACCGACUGUGAGGAUAAAUGCCCAAUUUGGUUUAAUGGGUUUAUUGAACUGUAAAGCUCCACAAUCCAACACCUCUUUGCAGCAGAAUCGCAGCACAAAACUAUUUUUUUUUGUCCUAUGUGGUUCCAGAAACAGAAGAAAAUUGGCAAUAUAUGUGUAUUGAUUUCUCUUAGUGAAAAUUAUUAUCAGUAAUCUUCCAAAGGCGAGUACAUUUUCAUGUUAACCGAAGCUCUAGUGGGAAGACAAGCCUCUUCCAGUAAGAUCUGGGUUCAACUUAACUGGUUUCCUUUUUAUAAAGCAGAUGAAGUUGAUGUGAGGGAUGUACCAAAACAUUAGCAUAGCAGCCGGCUCCGCUUGUUCUCUCUGAAAUAUCCCUACAGUGGUUUUCAGAGCUGUUAUUGAAACCGUCAGAUUUAGAGUGGUGGCCCAAGUGCAACGUUUGACUUCAUUUGCCUGUCGCCACCUUGAACAUGCCUAGCUCUCCUUCUUUUGCCAGUCUCUCUUAUCUGCUCCAGGGUUGAGAUAUUUGUUAUUUUGUGUGUUUUUUUUUUUGUUUUUUUUAUGUUUUUAUACGAUUCUAUAUAUCUGAUUCGGAGCAGCGCAGCCCGCUAGUAUCAGUGAUGCGGUGAAACAAACUGGCCUUCUCCCUUCAUAGACUGUUGCCGAUGUGACAGUAAUGAGAACAGGCGCAAAUGUCUUUCAGCGUAUUAAUAUUGGCUGUACAAAAAUAGAGUUUGUAUUUAUUGUGUACAAAAGUUAAUUAAUAAAAAAUGUUUAAAACA